CGCGCAAAAGAAUGGAAUAGUACGAAAAAGUUUUCAACUUGGGAGAGAAAACAAAAUCGAAACAAGGAAGGGUUGUGGUACUGUUCUUCCGAGGUUGUCAUGCCAAUGGCAAAAGUGAAAGAGGAACCCGAAGCCACACCCACUUUACCUUCCUCUUAUGUGUUACUUUUGCGAAUCAUGAGCAAAAGGAGAACUUGGGUAUGCAUAUUUGUUCUUGUUUAUGGCUUGCUUUUGACAUGUUCAUGGAAUUUCCUCAACUCCAUGAUUUCAUGGUACAAGUUGCAAGCUGAAUCAUCCACUUCAUGGUGGCCUGCUCUCUAUGCCUCGGUGCUUCUUGGAACAUAUUUUGGGCUUUUUUCGAUGGUUGCAGCUCUUGCUGUCGUGGUGCCUGCGGUUCUGGUGACGUGGAUCGCCAUCGUGGUGUUGUUGGCUUUCUUUGGUAAGCCUAAGAGGGCUUUGGUUAUUGAGGGGAGGAAGAUCACCAUGGAAAUUCUCAGUUUUGUGAUGAAGGUUUUGAUAAAGGAAGGAAAGGCUGUUGCUGCCGUUUGUGCUGUAUUGGGGUAUUUUGCUCUUGGGAGAUGGAACAUUGAAGGUGUUGAAUCUUGAAUUUGGUGUUAUGGGUUUGGUGUAGUGUGGUUGGUUAGUGAGAUUUGGGGUAGAUGGGGUUUGCAAAUCGAUCAUAAUGGUGGGUGUGAUUUGGUAAAGUGCUGUGAUCACUUUUUAGAUAUUUGUUUAGAGAUAAUGGGAAUUAGAUUAGGUAGGUGAAAUUGUUACCUGCUGAUUUGUAUGGCUGAUUGACAAUCUUGUCAAUGCCAGUGUAUGCUCUUCAUGAUUCAUUAAUUUUAUAAGCACUUUUGUUUUUUAUGUUUGCUAAUAAUCAUAGAGUAAGGAUAUUCUAAUUACCAAAAAUUCUUACUACUAAUUUACUACCCA